AUGACCGCAUCUACUCCAAAGUCUGAGGAGGGUCCCCAGUUGAGCAGAGUCACGAUCGCUGUCAUAGGCGUAGGUCCAGCAGGGCUGUCCGCAAUCAAGGCUUUGAGAGAAGAAGGUUUUGAGGCCAUAGGUUUCGAACGGCGAGAACGUGUAGGCGGCGUUUGGUCCUACAGCUCCAACUCAAGAUACACAUCAGUAGUCCCGGAAACGGUUUCCAAUGUUAGCAGAUUUGUUUCUGGAUUUAGUGACUUUCCAGUCCCAAAAGAUCUGCCUCCGUAUAUGACUGGCGCACAGGUUGGAGAGUUCUUGGAAUCGUAUGCCCGUCAUUUUGAUCUUGAAAAGCAUAUCCGUUUCGAAACAACUGUCCGCAAGAUACUUCGUGACAAGGCAGACAAGGCAUGGAACGUCCAUAUCAUCAGGCCUGACGGGCGCGAUCAAAUUCUAAAGUUUGACAAGGUUGUUGUCGGCUCUGGAUCCGAAAGCAUUCCGUCAUGGCCUCCAAUGCCGGGGAGAAAGAUCUUCCAAGGAACUGUCAUUCAUGGCCAGAGCUAUCGCAAACCAGAAGAAUUUUCUGGCCAGAGGGUCCUCGUUGUUGGAAUAGGAAACACAGCCUGUGAAGUGUCGCUCAGCCUCACCAGGCAUGCGUCCAAGGUGUACCAGUCCUAUCGCCGCGGUCGAAUCAUUAUCUCACGAUACGACGACAAUGGCGUGCCCACGGACCUGACUCCCUGGACUUCUCUACAGUUCAAGUACAUGACAGAGCAUAAGGUGCCAUGGAUUGCCAAUCGUUUGGCUAACAGCCUCACGGAAGAUACCAUGUUUCGAGGCAUGGCACGUUACGAUCUUGACACCAGCUUAUCGGAGAGCCAAAAAUACAAACGCGCCCAAGAGAGAAUCAGGGGAGAAUGGCGUCUGAUUCCACACGCCAACAUGGAGUUCACGCAUCCUGCUGUGCAAGACGACUUCAUGGGAGCACUCUACUCAGGCGCUGUUGCUCCUGUACACGGGUUCAGGGCUUUUGUAGGCGAGAACAGUGUGCUUCUCGGCGACGGAUCUACGGUCGACGUUGAUGCUGUCAUCUUCUGUACCGGCUACAACCUUGACUACAGCCUCAUGCCAGAGCUAGAAAUGGAUGGCGCUUGUGGCGUGCCCCUGACAACAGCUGGUCAAGCAAACAAGAUGAAUGACCCUCGCGUACCCCAGGAGGUUUCCCUUCCGCGACUACACCACAUGAUUUUCCCGCCAAAGUGGGCUUCAUCUGUUGCCUUUCUCAGCUGGAUCUCAGCUUUGGAGACAGCAUGGUGCGUUUGCGAACUGGCGUCGAUGGCUGUGACCCAGAUCUGGGCGGCUGAGACUUCUAUCCAACAAGGAUCUCCAGCACCGCCACGCGGGUACAGAAAGCUCGCGCAGCUUCCAAGCGUGGCUGAUAUGAAUGCCUCGGUUGACGAUUAUCAUACUUGGUGGCGUCUCGGACGCACCAAGGAGCCAUCAGCACAUGCUGGUCUGAUCCGUCCGUAUCCUUUCUACCGGUUCUUGCACGACAUGGCUGGCACUGGCAUGUACGAAAAUGCUGGUCCCAAGUUCAGUCUGCGCAACCUGAAGCUACGGUUCACGGACAGAAGUCUCUACAACUGUCUCGCUCGGGGUCCGCCCAGUAGCCACAUAUGGCGUGUGUUUAACACAAACCCGAGGGGAAUCCCCGGUUGCGGGAGACGAGCAUGGCCUCAAGCCAGACAGAUGGUCGAAGAUGCGGUAAGUAUGUGA